CUUACACCCUCUUGCUGCCGAUGUCUAGGCGCACGGUUUAGGGAGUCUACUAGUUAUAGAGUAGAGCAUCGCUUUCGGAGGAACAAUUUCAAACCCAACGUACCCAAGUGCAUCAUGUCCAAAGUCAGCGACCGAUGGCUCUGGUUUGGAGUGGGGAUUCUCGCCUUCAUGGCAGUCAAAGGUAUCUCGUACGGUCUGCACGAAGUUGUUCGCGUCACUGCGAUCUACAAGCCUAAUAAAAAUCCGCACAACCGUUCGUCUACACCAGAAGUUUCUGCUGCCGAUUCCAUUCAAAUCAAGUCGCUUGUCACCCUCGCAAAAUCUUCCAAUGUCGAAAUCGCACAAGCCGCCACGACCCUACUCUGUGAUCGGUUCUCCCGCUCAAAGUCUUGCAUGCGAGCGCUAGCCUCUGACCUCAUAUCAACCGACCGCCUAGUACGCCAACGCGCAACUAAGACUCGGCUUAUGCUAGAAGAGAAUAAUACUGGUGGAUAUUCAAUCUUUGAGAGGCGGUCUUAUGAACGUGCUGCACAUUCACCGUAUAUGUCAAGUAGCUUGGGCCUACCAGACCCAUCGGGUGUGCAUCUACCUGUCCCAAUAAGCGCACAUAGCAGGCAACAUGAUGCAAGUGAAGCAGAGCAGACGUUGAGGAGGAGACGGAGAGAAGCCAUGGUUUUCCAUGAAGGUAACGGCCCUUUAUCCAAUACCGAUAUUCAUCAGCGGCUUGGAACGGCUCCAGCAGACGCAACUACCCGUGAUAUCGAGGCGGUAGAGUUGGCGACUACAGUCAUGGAUGUGCUAGAUAGGAGCCUCACCCCGCAGAGUUUCAGCCCAGGGGCUCACAUAAGGGCUCCCGGAGGCUCUCAAUUUAUGGAUGAAGUCUAACAAACUCGGGAGGGGUUAGUCUCAUGAUUAAUGUCCUCCCGACUGAGACCUACGGACGAGACACGUGCGCUCAGAAAUGAGACAUACGAUGCUGUCCACAUGUUAAACAAUGCCACGAAGUUGAACUGUGAUGAAAAGGGUGAUUAUAAGAAGAUUACUGAGGCCAUAGGUAUAGAUAUGUUACCACCAUCGCAUCCACGUGCUC